AUGUCGCCUUUCACUGUGGGCGAUUACCUCGCAGAGAGGAUCGCUCAAAUCGAUAUCCGUCAUCAUUUUAUUGUUCCAGGAGACUACAACCUUAUCCUCCUUGACAAACUUGGAGGGCAUCCAUCAUUGACUGAGAUCGGGUGCACAAAUGAGCUCAACUGCUCCCUCGCCGCCGAGGGCUAUGCCCGUGGGCAUGGAGUUAGUGUUUGUAUCGUUACCUACAGUGUCGGUGCUUUCUCAGCCUUCAACGGCAUAGGCAGUGCAUAUGCUGAGAAUCUCCCUGUCAUACUCAUCAGUGGAUCUCCCAAUACCAACGAUGUGAGCCAGCAUAUACUGCAUCACACUCUGGGGAUUUAUGACACGACAUAUCAGCUUGAGAUGGCUAAAAAGAUCACUUGCUGUGCUGUGCGCAUUCGUCAAGCUGCUCAUGCUCCUGAGCUCAUUGACCGUGCUAUUCGGGCUGCUCUCACCCAACGGAAGCCAGUCUACAUUGAGGUACCGACCAACUUGGCUGGCGAAACGUGUCCCCGUCCUGGGCCCAUCAGUUCUGUAAUCUCAGCAGUACCAAGUGAUCGGCACUCCCUUGAUGUUGCUGUCACCAAGACAGCCGAGUAUAUCGGCUCCAAACAAAAGUGUGUUGUUCUUGUGGGGCCCAAAGUCCGAAGGGCCAUGGCACAAGAUGCCCUGCGCCAAUUUGUAGAGGCGAUUGGCUCUGCUGUCGUUCUCCAGCCAGCUGCAAAAGGUACCUUUCCCGAGGAUCACGCUCAAUUUUGUGGUAUCUUUUGGGGUCAGGUCAGCACGCUUGCUGCUGAUACCAUCGUCAACUGGGCAGACCUGAUCAUAUGUAUCGGUGCCAUCUUUACCGACUACAGCACCGUUGGAUGGACAGCCCUACCCAGUGUUCCCCAACUGUUUGUGGACCUGGAAAGUGUGACUGUGGCGUCAAAAAUCUACUGCAGCCGUGUUCAGAUGAGUGAGUUCCUGUCCAGGCUUGCAGAAACGGUGUGUUGGAACGACAAUACUAUGGUCGAGUACAAUCGACUCCGCCCCGAUCCAACCUUGGGAGAGCCUUCUUGCGGUCCUGAACGAUUGACGAGAAAGGAGAUUACUCGACAGACACAGGCUUUGAUAAGCCUCAACCCUCAAACAGUCAUAUUUGCUGACACUGGGGAUUCGUGGUUCAAUGGCCUAAAGCUCAACCUUCCAUUUGGGGCUGACUUUGAAAUUGAAAUGCAGUGGGGUCAUAUUGGAUGGUCUAUCCCGGCCUCGUUCGGCUACGCCCUUGCAAAGCCUCACAAGAGGAUCGUCGUCAUGGUAGGCGACGGUGCGUUUCAGAUGACAGCUCAGGAGGUAUCUCAAAUGGUACGCUUCCGGGUGCCCAUCAUCAUACUCCUUAUGAAUAACAAAGGCUACACUAUUGAGGUAGAGAUUCACGAUGGAUCUUACAACUGCGUCCAGAAUUGGGACUAUGCUCGUUUGGUCCAGGCAUUUAGCACUGAGAAUGGAAAUGGACAUGCGCUUGGUCUAGAGGCUCGUACCGCUGAGGAGCUUUCCAAUAGUCUCGAACGGGCUAUAGUGCACACAAAUGGGCCGACGCUCAUUGACUGCAGCCUUCAUCGGGAUGACUGCAGUAGAGAGCUGAUUACCUGGGGACAUUUUGUGGCGGCUGCCAAUGCGCGAAUGCCGAAGAAGGAAUGA